GAUUUUAGUUUAUUUUCGUUUUUGACAGUUGUUUUGUUUACAUUUUUAAUAAAAAUAGUUUUUGGCUAUGGGAAAACACUCCUAUAAAUUGUUAAUUGCUGCUACAGGCAGCGUAGCCGCAUUAAAAAUUCCUAUUUUGCUGAAGUCUCUCACAGAUGAGAGUUCAUAUACUUUUGAGGUUCGUCUAAUUUUAACAGAGCAUGCAAAGAAUUUCUUCGAUUUGUCCGAGUUGCCGCCAGAAGUUCUUAUUUACGAUGAUAAAUCGGAGUGGGAGACUUGGAAGCAGAGAGGAGACCCUGUACUUCACAUAGAACUUGGAAAGUGGGCCGACAUGAUGGUUAUAGCACCAUUAGACGCCAACACUUUGGCCAAAAUGGCACAGGGAAUAUGUGAUAAUCUUGUUACAUGCACAACUCGGGCAUGGGAUAUGACAAAACCUCUUCUUUUUUGUCCCGCAAUGAACACAAGAAUGUGGGAACAUCCCAUCACAGCCAAGCAAGUUGCCUCGUUAAAGGAAUGGGGGCACACUGAAAUACCACCUAUAAGCAAGACUCUAAUCUGUGGAGAUACUGGUGUUGGGGCAAUGGCAGAAGUUUCAGUUAUUGUAGAUACAAUCAAAAAGAGGUCUUCAAAUACAUGAAUGAAAAGUAUUAUUAUUGUUAAUGGUUCAUAUUUGCUGUUGCUAGGUCCAGCUUGUCAAAUUUUUAGUGUUGCAUCAUUAGUUAGCCAGUUUGAAAUUUUAACAUUAAUUAUUUUUUAAUUUGUGUUUAGCAAACAAAUUAUUGUUUAUGAUCUAUAUUACCUGCCACUUUGUCUGCUUGGAAAAAUUCAUUAACACAGUGCUUAGUGCAUUUGAUUAGCCAUAAGAAAGGUGAACAAGAUCAUAAAGCUCAAGCUUCUGUGUGCUUCUAAAGAUACGUUAAGCUUCUGUAAGUUGAUCCUGCUGCAUCUGCAGCCAUCCACACUAGGUCUGUAUGAUGCAUCAUGGCCCAAUAGAUUCAUAAUGAUAAUACUAACAUUAAUAAAAAAAUCUGAUGACAACAUUUUUUAUGUUGCUCAUAUUAUCAUUCUGACAUGA